AAAGCGGCUGUGCACUCAGCUGAAAUGUCAUGCAUUAUGUAUUGAGCAGCAACCCGGGGCCUGCACGGAAGAGUUUUCAUAUCAGAGUUUGACCUACUUGGUGCAUGAUGUCGACCUGCAGCAAAAUAUAUUUACAUGCAGAGAGAGAUCAUUUACCUGCAAGACAGACCUGAUGACCUGUCAAAACAUCCUCAUAGACUCUAACCUUCUACCCUGGUGAGAGGCAAACACAGACGAGACAGCCUCUGUAAUAAACUGAGUUGUGGAAACCCAGCAUGUAAGGGACAGAUUUGCAUGUAUUUUUAUAAACUGCAGCGCCUCAGUGAAUAAACACGAUCACCUGUUGGAGGCAGUUCAGAGAGGUACAGUAGCUUCUCCUUCCAACAGACUGUAAUAGUCUGACAGGGGUUUAUUGUCUGUUAAUAGGUUUAACAUGUUGCCUUUGGGUAUUUCUAUCCUGUCUCUAAAUAGAACUGAUAGGAUUAGACCUCUUGUGUAAAGAAGCUACCUUCUGGCUGGGACAUCAACUUACUCUGCCCAUAAAUUGGGCUUCUUUCCAUGAACUGAUCUUGUGUUAUUUUUAGAUAGUGAAGUACUUGUUAUUAGAAGGUUUAGAAGUAGAGGGACCGUGGUUACUUUUAAGCACCUCGGGAAGUGUCACGACGGUUAACUGAGCUCUGAAUCUGAGCCUGCACAUCGCGGAAAACUAGAUCAGGUGGUUGAGUUGUCAAUUGUUGCAGCGCGUUUGCGGCAAGCUGGUUGGACACAACAAAGCUGUCCUCUUCCUCGGGGUCGACGUCUGUUCGCUCAUUAAUGCUGACUUUAAACUGACUCACAUCAAACCUCAGGGAAAGCACAGCUAUGGGAGUACCAAACUCAAGGGAAUACAACUACUAUCAUGCUCCAAACACACCCUUUAGGAUUUUGAAAAGACGUAAUGAGCCUCUCAAGAAGGAGCGCCCAAAGUGGAAGAGUGAAUACCCAAUGACGGAUGGCCAGCUGAGGAGUAAGAGGGAUGAGUUUUGGGAUACGGCUCCGGCCUUUGAUGGACGGAAAGAGAUCUGGGACGCACUCAGAGCAGCAGCCCUGGCUGCGGAGUGCAAUGACCUGGAGCUAGCACAGGCUAUAGUGGAUGGAGCCUGCAUUACUCUGCCACACGGCUCUCUCACGGAGAGUUAUGAUGAACUGGGCAACCGCUACCAGCUCCCGGCCUACACUUUAGCCCCACCUGUCAACCUAAUCAGCGAAACGUGCAGUGAGAGCAAAGUCUCUGAUUCCACACAAAAACAAGCUCAACCCCCUCCGUGCAGACAAGAGUUCCAGCUGCGGGUGCGACUGUCAACAGGAAAGGAUGUGCGUCUGACAGCCAGCAUGGCGGACUCCAUUGCUGAGCUAAAGAAACAAUUGAAAGAACAGGAAGAUAUUGAGGUGACCUGCCAGAGGUGGUUCUUUUCCGGGAAGCUCCUGACUGACAAGACUCGUCUGCAAGACGCCAAGAUCCAGAAGGACUUUGUCGUCCAAGUGAUUGUCAAUAUAAACCCUCCAGUCAUAGCUAAUUGAGGAGUGAGACAGAGGGCUAUGGAUUGAAGAAAAUAUAAAGGACGUGCCAGAAAGGGGGGCAGGAAUAUGUGUAGGGCUUGAAAUCCUUUUCCAGUGGGUACUGCAGUGGAAUUUUGUGUACAUUUUUAUAUACGAAAUUAUUGCUUUUAUAUUGCUCCUUUUUGUAUUUUUUUCCUUUUUCCAAAUGAAGUAAGACUAUUGAAAAGCACUGAAACACUUUAGAUCAAAAGUAGAGUCCUAAGAUGCACAUCCCAAUAUCUGUCUGUCUGUCUGUCUGUCUGUUUGUGUGGACAUUAACUCACUGCUCUAUUGUUUACACUCGUCGUGUGUUUGUAUAUACUUGUGCUUAUUGAUGAACUGAAUACGUGAAUACUGAAUCGGUUCACCUGGGGAUCCGGAUAAGGAAAUCCAUUCUAUUUAAUUUUUUUAAAGAUUUCUGUCAUGCGAUUUGAGAAGUAGGGUAAGGAUGGCAGAAAACUGUAGAGAAAAAGAAAAAAAAUUAAAUAUCAGUUUCCAUUUGUGUUGUCUGGUCAUGUAACUAUGUGCACACUACAUUUUCAUUUCAUAACUGUAUAUUGAUAAUAAAGACUGGGAACGUAAGGAUGGCACCUUGAUAAGGUAGUAAGAGAGGAUCAGAUUUGUUUUUUUAUUUCACCACUCCAAACAAGAUACUGUAGUGUUAUGUACAAUAUGAUGCUCACUGUACUUGAAUAAACAAUCAAUAAAUAUUGUAAAUUUAAAGAUA